AUGUCUACAAUUUUGCAUCAACGUUUUGUGAAUUCCCCAUUAAAUACUUUACUUUUCAAACGCAAAUUCAAUCUUGCUGCGUCCAUUCCAAUUUUAAAGCAGCUUGACAUUGUACCCGUUCGUUGUCACAUUACAAAUUCUCUGUUGAAUAAACGCAAUAACUCAUAUCAAGCCUUAAACUCUUUUAAUAAACUUCCUUUAGAUGGUAAACGUCGAUAUCAAACUAAUAUUUCAAAUCUCAGAAAAGCGCAACGUUCAAAAAAUGAUAUAAUCGAACGAGAAAAAGUUAAAGAAUGGGGUGAUUUAUCAGCCGGACAAAAAGCUGCAAAAGUUGCUAAGACAACGACAAAUAUUAGUGUAAUUGUGAUAGGAGUUGGUGUUCUUGGCACUCCAAUAAAAGGACAUGGGAUUCCAAUUCCCAAUUCGAGAUUACGUAAUCCCAGAGCCCGUCUUCGAGACGUGAUAAACACGGAUGGUACACCACAUCGAAUAAUGCAUUUUUAUGUUGAAGGCCCCUUGACUAAUGGAAAUGGGUUACUGGAUAUGGUUAAG